GCGGAUAAAUUACCUGAGUUUGACAACUUAAAUGAAAUGGAUGUCUUAUUAACAUCUAAUGACGAAUUGGAUAAUAUUCAGUUAUUUGAUUCAAAUGUUGAAAUAAUAGGUUUCGUUGAUAGUAUAGAAGCUCCUCGGAUUAUAGGAACUAAGCAGCAGUAUAAAAUUUUUAAAUUUUUCUUAAAUAACGGUAAUGGGAAACGUAUCCAAAUAAUGACUUGGAAUGAUGAAGUAGAUAAAGUGUUACCUCAUAUAAAGUUAAAUUACAUUAUUCAUUUAGACGGAGUACAAGCUCGUCCAUCUAAAUCAACUCUAUUUAAUAAUGGCAAUGUACCUUACGUACUACAAAUUCGUUCAAAUACAAUUAUUUCAAGUUUGGGAAAAUAUUAUGUUCAUGAAAUGUAGAACCAGCGUAUGUUCACAUCUUCGAUGUCUUACAACACGUCAACACAUGUCACACUCAAGUAAGAAGAGUAAACUGGAUUAAAAUGAUAUUCUUGGAUUAGAAGAAAUGAUGUUUUUGUUUAAAUGACAUAAAUAAUUGGAUUGGAUUUUUUAUAUUAAAAACGUUUCUUUCGUUUGUUGAAAGUCUUACAUUUAUUAUGUCUAAACAUUAUUUAUAUUAUUCAA